GCGACCUGGGCAAGCUCUCCGUCACACCACCCGUGGUUCAAGAUGUCCUCUCUCAAACGCAAGCUUUCUUCUGACGGUGACACCAGCAACGAGGACGACAGCCGCGACUCUCUAUCCACCCUCCAUCAUCACAAACGCAGACGUUCCACUACUCUCGAACGCGAUCUUGCUAGCCUCUCGCUCUCAAACGUGAGGCAUGGCGUCGCAUCCUCACCAGUGACUUCUCUUGCCAACUACCAACGAUCCGAAUCACCGCUCUCUGACACGUUUAUGGACACCGAUGUGUCGCCGUCCAGAGAAACACCCAUGUCUGCUGUCUCGACGGAGGAAGCUAUCCCAGAGGUAAAGAUGAGCUCGUCAAGCUGGUACGAACCUGAGAAAGACCGUAUCGUCGUAACCGACCUCGACGGUUCGUCGUCAGACGAAGAAGACGGCGAGAGUACCACGGAAGAACUCAUCUCACCAGCUGUUCGGGAACACCUCAUGCAGACCACACACACCUUGCUGACGAUUCCCCGCCCACUACCCAACCCAGAAUCGACACCAAACCAGAACCAGGCGCUAGUCCUUUUCAACCCGGAUUACUCGAAGGCGUUCGAGGGGCCGACCAUCACAACCUAUCACCCCGUCUCGACAUCCACAUGUUCUUUACCUUUACACGACGAUGACGCUAUGGAGAUUGAGAUGUGAUGGACGUACAGAGUGUAGCUCCCAAAUCGCUCCAUGUCUCUCAAGUAUCGUAGUUACGCACUUUAC